UGGGUUUGUGUUUCCUUAGGAACAUUCCGAGGAGUGUGUAAAAAAAUCGAUCAUUUCCCGGAAGAUGCGGAUUAUGAGCAAGACACGUCCGAGUACCUCCUACGUGCUGUGAGAGCAUCCAGCAUCUUCCCCAUCCUGAGCGUGGCCUUGUUGUUCUUUGGGGGCCUGUGUGUGGCCGCCAGCGAAUUCUACAAGAGCAAACACAACGUGAUUCUCAGCGCUGGGAUCUUCUUUGUCUCUGCAGGUCUCAGUAACAUAAUCGGGAUUAUAGUCUAUAUCUCGGCGAACGCUGGGGACCCGGGGCAGAGCGACUCCAAGAAGAGCUACUCGUACGGCUGGUCCUUUUACUUUGGCGCCUUGUCGUUCAUCAUCGCCGAGAUGGUGGGGGUGAUCGCUGUGCACAUGUACAUCGAGAAGCACCGCCAGAUCCGCGCCAAGUCCCACUCUGAGCUCCUGAAGAAGUCGGCCUUUUCUCGCCUCCCCACCUACCGGUACCGGUUCCGCAGGCGAUCCAGCUCCCGCUCCACGGAGCCCAGGUCCAGGGAUCUGUCUCCUGUCAGCAAAGGGUUCAGCACCAUCCCCUCCACCGACAUCUCCAUGUUCACCCUCUCCAGGGAUCCUUCCAAGGUGACCAUGGGGACGCUGCUCAACUCGGAGCGGGAUCACACUUUUUUACAGAUCCAUAAUUCCAUCCCCAAAGAGUUCAAGGAGUCAUUGCACAACAACCCAGCCAACAGACGAACCACACCGGUCUGAGCCAACUCCUCCCCACGCCACUCAGGCGCUGUGCCAGCCAGGGAAGUAGGGAGAGGCGUUUUGUCUGGCUGCAUGACAUGAUCCUUGUGAUGGUGUUAUCAGUGAAGCUCCGUUUUUAAAGAACAACCCUAAAUGGCUCCCCGCCCCGCCCCACCCCACCCUUUAAAUGCCACUUACCAGGCCAGGCCACUGUGUUUAUGGUUGAACGGUGUUUGGGCCCCAGAAUCCCGCCCCUUUUCCUUCUGUGGUUGGAAAGGGGCAUCGGCUUUGCUGUGACUUCCUGGGACCAAGGCCCCUGAGGACUGGCAGGAUGGUUUCGAGUGGCCUCUGGGACAGUGACUUCUCAAAGUCACCAUUGUUCAUGUUGAUCAUAACAAUCACGGUGUUACCUUCGCUGUAUGUCCCAAUGGCAACAUUGGAGACAGCCUUGUUUGUGAGAACCAUUAACCCGAUAGUUACAUUUAUGCGAAAUUGCCUAGAAGUUCAGGGUACGAAGCACUGAGUCGGCUAACGUAAUGAGCGUUCAUGUGGCUCAAACAUUUUGCCUUGUUGUAAUGGAUGGAGCGCUUGGGUCUGGGUUUCUUUCUGGCAUUUCGUGCAUGCAUUAAAUAGCUUGGAAUCCAAUUUCUUCAUGUUGGGUUGGAAGAAACAUCCUUUCAGUAAUUUUCUGUGGUUUUGGAAGGGCUUUUGGGGGUGUGUGUAAGGGGGCAGAGUGCAUUCCAUUCAGAUCAUGUAAAUGGACUAAGAAGCAGAUUCCCUCCAAUGACUAGUAGCAACUAGACUGCAUUUGAUUACCCGCUGAUGUUAAACUGAAAGAAAUAGCUCCCUGAAAUUAACACACACACACGCACAAGUGAAUGUGUGGGCACAAUUAAGGAGGGGAUGUUUGGCCUAGUCUUAUUUUAGAAGCUGGGUUUGCAUCUGAGCCUCUGGCAGUGAUCUGCGUGUCACUGGUGUAUGAGUCUGUAAUGAAGAAUGUCUCAAUUGACUGGGAGAUUAAAGAGAAAAGUAACAAUAAAAGUUUGGCGAAUCAGUUA